AUGGCUGACCAAAUGGACGUCUGGGCCCUGACCGAAUGGGGCGCCCCUCUGCAGAAAAUCCGCCAGCCCGUGCCAAAGCCCACCGGCAAGGAGGUUUUGAUCAAGGUCACUCAUGCUGGGGUGUGCCAUUCAGACCUUCAUUCCGCCGAUGGCUUCUACGACAUCGGGGGAGGAAAGCGAUUCUACGUCAAAGACCGUGGCAUCAAACUGCCGAUCGCCCUGGGCCAUGAGAUCUUGGGAGAAGUCGCCGCCGUGGGGCCAGAUGCAGGGUCGAUACCGCUAGGAUCUCCGCAAAUCGUGUAUCCUUGGCUAGGUUGUGGCUCCUGUACACGGUGUACCCAAGAAGAAGACAACCUGUGCGCCGCGCAACGGGGGCUAGGGACGUUACGCAACGGUGGCUUCGCCGAGUACGUAGUGGUUCCUGAUCCCAAAUAUCUGGUCGACCUCGGCGAUCUCGACCCUGCCGUGGCAUGUACCUUUGGCUGUUCUGGGAUCACUACCUUCAGCGCCGUCAGUAAAGUGAUGCCCUUACCGCCGGAUGAACCAGUCCUCCUCAUUGGCGCGGGAGGCCUAGGUUUGGCGGCAAUAGCAGUGCUAAAGUCGUAUGGGCAUAAAAACAUCAUCUCGACCGACAUCAGCGACCAGAAGUUGGCCAAUGCGCGCGCGGCCGGAGCGACAAAGACGGUCAAUACCGCCAACUCGGCCUCGGCGGCCCAGGAUAUUCUCGCGGCGACCAACGGGCCGGUCAUUGCGGUGAUUGAUUUUGUGAACAACUCAAGCACCGCCAGUCUGGUCAACAGCCUGAUCGCCAAAGGAGCCAAAUGGGUGCAGGUCGGCGUGAUGGGAGGGUCGAUCGAGUUGUCGCUAGUGACCAACAUCUUCAAAGGCCUUACAAUCUAUUCAAACAUCACCGGAAACUUGGAGCAUUUGCGAGACGUCGUGGAGCUGGCGAAGCAAGGAAAUCUCGCGCCUGUGCCCGUCCAGAAAUUGCCCUGGGACUCGGUCAAUGAAGCGAUGGACUUACUGAGGGCGGGCAAGAUCACCGGACGAAUGGUCCUUGUAAAGUGA